CUGAAACUGCAAGACUAUCUAAAGCAGCUUUAAAAGUGCAUUGCGAUUGGCCAAGAAUUAAAAUUGAAGGUUAGGGAGUUUAUAGUGUGCUUAAGUUAAAGCCAUUGAGUGAAGCAUGCAGGAGACCACCAUUGUUGCGGUUUGCUUUAUCACAGAUUCCUUCUGCUGCUAGAGAUGAGGGGAAGGUCGCAUACGUAAAGCUGCAACCAGACAAAAGGACCUAAAGAGAGCAAAUGCUUUGUUUUAGAGCCCACCCAUCACUUCUGGAUAUUGUAGUUGUUAUUUACUCACUUUAAGAUCUUGUCCACGAAUUGAAUGUUUCAUCAGGCAUCAAUGGCGAAAGUACUGCUCUAUAAGAGUUAGUGUUCUACCAACACUGUUCACUAGCGGUUUCAAAGUGAAGCCAAUGGAGCUAAGUAAGAAGCUCAUUUUGCUUCUUUCCAUUUUCUAUAUUUUCUUCUGCACUCGUGUGGAUUCAAGAGCUCAUUACCACAAGAAGAAGCCUCCGGCGAAUCCCUCCAUCGCUCUGCCUCCUGCUCCGGCACCGGUGCCUCUGACUAAACUCGGUGUUCACAGCGUCAUGUCGUUUGGAGCGGUAGGCGACGGGGUUUCCGACGACACCGAAGCUUUCAAGAGCGCGUGGGACUCCGCCUGCGAAGAAGAAGAGCCGGGAGUCAUCGUCGCUCCCCGCGGCUACUCCUUCAAGAUCAGGUCGAUCAUUUUCGCAGGGCCUUGUCGAAACGGCCUCGUUCUUCAGGUUGAUGGAACGAUCAUGGCUCCUGAUGGACCGGACGAGUGGCCUCAGCAUUACAGCCGGCGGCAGUGGCUGGUGUUCUACAGAGCAAAUGGCUUGGCACUGCAAGGUGGUGGACUGAUCGAUGGAAAAGGACACAAAUGGUGGAAUCUCCCCUGUAAACCACACAGAGGAAAAAACCACACCACGAUGCCCGGACCUUGCGAUAGUCCCGUCGUUUUUCGAUUCUUCAUGAGCUCGAAUAUUAAAGUGCAUGGGAUCAGAGUCAGGAACAGCCCCCAGUUCCAUUUCCGGUUCGACAACUGCCGGAACGUCACCGUCGACUCCGUAUCGAUCCGAUCGCCGGCGCUGAGCCCCAACACCGACGGCAUUCACGUCGAGAACAGCGUCGACGUGAACUUACGCAAUUCCGUGAUCUCCAGCGGCGAUGACUGCGUGUCGAUCGGAGCAGGAAGCAGCAACAUACACAUCAGAAACAUAACGUGCGGGCCGAGCCAUGGCAUAAGCAUCGGAAGCCUAGGAAAGCAGAGCAGCAGAGCAUGCGUGAGGAAUAUAACGGUGAAAGACUGCGUGAUUAAGCACUCCGACAACGGUCUCCGGAUCAAGACGUGGCAAGGCGGGUCGGGAUCCGUCUCCUCCGUCAGCUUCGUCAACGUUCUCAUGGAGGCGGUGAGGAACCCCAUCAUCAUCAACCAGUACUACUGCCUCGGAGGAGGAGCGUGCCGGAACCAGACGUCGGCGGUCUUCGUCUCCGACGUCGCGUACGAGGGGAUCAAGGGGUCGUACGACAGCCGGAGCCCGGCGGUGCACUUCGGGUGCAGCGACGCGGUGCCCUGCACCAACAUCACGCUGGCGGAGGUGGAGCUCCUGCCGGCGCAGGGGGAGAUCAUCGCCGAUCCCUUCUGCUGGAACGUGUACGGGGUGUCGCGCACGCUGACUAUACCGCCGGUGGCCUGCCUGCUGCGCGGCGUGCCAAGGUCCACCAUGGACAUCGAGUCGAGCGGCUGUUACUGAUCAUCGAGAUGGUAGAGAAGAUCAAAACAGCGUGUAUAGAGUGAAAGUAAAAACAUUUAUUCGAUGUAAUAGUA